AUGAAUGCGGACACGGCUCAUGUAUUCAACUUUCUCUUCUUUCAUGCGAAUGUGUCGGCUCGCCGGAAUCUGAUUUGUCGACCGGAUCCACUCGAUGAUCAAAUGCUUGGCAUAGGUGAAAUCCAACAUCUGAACGCAGCUUUGAUCGGCUAUUGCACUCGAUGCGUUUUCUCAACUUGGGCCACUUUCGAGCGCUUUCGGCAAAACAAUCACACAACGGACAAAGCUAAUCUUCUUUUAUGGUUAUCAAAUCGUUUACCCGUAAUGUGUCGCCUCCCACCUCGUUUCCGGGUAAAAUCCGUUCAAACCGAACACCAAUACGUUUUACCUCCCGUUCCCACUGAGAAAGAAGAACGAUUUCAGAAAUGCUUGGAGGAAGCUGGUGGACGAAGUUUCUUCGCUUUUCAUGGAAGUCCCGUGGAGAAUUGGUACAAGAUCCUGUCCGAAGGUCUGAUGGUCGCUAGUGGGACAGUGUAUCAACUUGUCGGAGCUGCGCAUGGAGCUGGCAUCUAUCUUGGCAAAAAUGCAAUGACAUCGCAAGGGUAUUCGCAGAAAAAUUAUCCACAUCCAAUGAUGCAAUUUAAUGUGACUCAACAGUACAAUAUGAUGAGCUCAUGCCAAGAUCAGCAACAUUUUGAGAAGAAUCGGCUUCUCGAUAAUGGCACUUUCUGUUUGGCGCUUGUUGAGGUGGUGGACAAUCAAUCGAAAUACAAAGAAAUGCCCUCGUGUUUCGUUGUGCAAGAUGCGGAUAUCAUUCAGAUUCGAGUUCUUUUCAUUCACGAUGCGGCCUCCAAUCCACUGCCCCAGCUGAACAUUUCCAAUUUUGCAGCAGGAAACCCGGACACGAUGCGAGUGAGACAAGCAAUGGACUUCUUCAUGAAUGGCGAUUAUCGAGAGAGGUUGGCGCAAGUGACCAAUCCGGAGAUCGAUCAUCGGCUUGAGCCUGGCACAAGCCAGCAA